AUGGAUGAAAAAGAAUACAAAUCACUUAUAUUUAUAUCUGGAUUGGACAAGUUUUACAAUACAAUGAAUAUGAUUUGUGUAGAUGCAAUUGGAAAGUUUGGAAACUCAAAUUUUCGGUUUCUCAAUGGAAUUUCUUUAAUAUUCUCAAACCGGAUUCAAGAAGGAAUAAGAGAACUUAAUUCAUUGACAUCUGAUAGUGAUGUAGGAAUUGGAAGUAUGUUGUCAUUAAUAUAUGGCCACAAGAAAUGUUCCGUUGUUGAUAAAGAGGCUGUGGGGUCUCUAGAGGCAAGAAUCAAAGAAGAAAGGAAACGUCUGACACCUAAUUCAGCAUAUUAUGCUUCAUUGUUUCUUUUCUUAUGUGGAAAAUAUGAAAAAGCUCGAGAUUAUGCUGAGAAAACAUUAAAGCUUCACAAUGACCACACAGAUUCAAUGAUAUUGAAGGGAUGGUGUGAAAUUAUGCUGAAUCAAAAGACAAAGUCAACUCUUGAGCUUUUCAAUAAAGCAGUUUCAACUAAUGAAACCAUCGACGGUAUUCUAGGACAAGUAAGAUUCCAUCAAAACAAUAAUGAUUUUGAAAAAGCAAUUUCAAUUCUGAAUCGAUUGUCAGUUCGAUAUCCGCAUUUAAAUGUUCCACUUGUUGAAAAAAUGAAAACUUAUCUUGCAAGUUGGGAUUACGAACAAGCUUAUGAGACAUCAUAUCGUAUUCUCAACAUGGAGCCUUAUAAUAUCGAAGCUUUACGAACAAAAACAAUUGUUGUUUUAUGUCGUGAUGGUAAAAUUGAUGAAAGUGUUGAAUGUUUGCAGACACUUUACAAAGCACUUGAAAAACAUGAGCCAAGUAACAGUGAAAUUUAUUAUGAGAUUGCUCAACUCUUUUCAAAAUGUUGUGGGCGAAAUCAAAAAGUUUUGUCGGAAACUUAUAAAUUUGCUGAAAAAUCAAACACUUUGUCACCAACAAACUCAAAUUACUUAACUGAACUCGGUUUUCAAUCAGUUUUAUUAAAGCAGUUGAAAAAUGCUGUGAAAUUUUUCAGAAAUGCAACGAAAAUUGAUGACAAUUCAAUGCAAGCUCUUUGUGGACUUACACUUUGUCAAUUGCUUGACAAUGGACAUUCAACACAAGUCAGUCAGCAAAUUGAGUUUCUCACUGAAAUCCAAGGAACAUCAAAUAAAAGUCCUUUGCUGCUUUUCUUGACGGCUAAAUUAUUGCAUGAUAAACCGAAAGAAGCAAUCGCAAGUUUAAUUGAAGCUUGUGAAGUUCACUUUAAGAAUUUGAAGACUUUAUCGUUUGGUGCUGAAUAUUUAAGAGCGUUUGAUCCAGAUUUUCUUCUUGAAUUAUGUAAAGAACUUCUUCAAUAUUGUCCCAUUCAACAAAGCAUCACCAUGAAGACAAACAUUCCACGAGAAACUCUUCAUGUUUCUCUUAAAAACAGCAUCAACAUUUUAGAAACUGUUGUCAAAGCUUUACCAGGAUCAUGUGAAGCUUUAUUCAAUUUGGCACGAGUUCAAUUUCUCAGUGGUGAAGUUGCAGCAUCAGCUUUAUCGCUUCAAAAAAUAUUGCAAGAAAUUGAUCCAACUUUUACACCAGCACAUUUGUUGAUUGCACAAAUUCACAUUCAACAAAAUAAUCAUCAACGAGCAUCACAAAGCUUGGAAAUAUGUUUAAGUCAUGAUUUUAAAAUUCGUGACAAUCCAUUGUAUCAUUUAAUCUUUGGAAUUGUUCUCAAAGCACAACAAAAUUUCGAAGAAUGUCUGAAGAGUUUUAAAAUGGCAAUGACAAUUUGUGGCUAUUACAACGUUACAAAUAGUGAUGAAUACAAUGAGAAAAGUUCAAAGACGUCAUCUGAAAAGAUUGCUUUAGGUUUAGCUGAUCUUGUAACGUUGUUUUUGGAAAUGAUUAAUACUUACACUUUAAUGAAUGAACAUUCAGAAGCAGCUAAAUUGAUGCAAUUUGCAAUGAAGGAAUUUGAAAAGACGCCUGAAUCAGGUCGUGUUAUUAUUGCUAAUGCCGAUUUUUAUCUUUCUCAAGGUAACACAAUAAGAUCUUUAGAACUUCUCUCAAGUAUUCAUCCUGGACAAAGUUAUUACCUUCAAGCUAAAACAAAAAUGGCGAAUAUUUACCUUGUGAAUAAGAAAGAUCGUUUAUCAUUUGCGCAAUGUUUUCGAGAACUGGUUCAUAAUAAUCCUGGACCUGAUAGCUACAUUAUGCUUGGUGAUGCUUACAUGUCAAUUCAAGAACCUGAUGAAGCUGUUGAAGCAUAUAAACAAGCAGUUUUACAAGAUCCAAUGGAUCCAUCACUUGCAAGUAAACUGGGACGUGCUUACGUCAAGACACAUCAAUAUAAAAAAGCGAUAGAAUAUUAUAAAGAUGUGAUAACAGUUCCAGAUAACUAUCAACUUAAAUUGGAUCUUGCUGAACUUUAUUUAAAACUCAAACAGUAUUCAAAUGCUGAGAAAAUUAUUCUCGAUGAUAUUGAGAAAAAUCAACGACAUGAUGACGAUUUAUCAAAGCUUCAGACAAAAACAAAACUUUUGCUUUUACUUUCGCGCGUUCGUGAAAAAAGUGGAAAUAUUAAUGCAUCACUUUCAUCUUUGAAAGAAGCUCGUGAUAAUCAAUAUCGAAUACAGCAAAGGAUAAGCAUUGAUCAGAAUGCGAAUGUUCAUGAACAGCACAAAAUAUUGUCAAAGAUUUGUGCAUUGAUGGCUGAACAAUCGAUAAUGAUACGUGACAAUGUUCAAGCAAUCCAACAUUAUAAAGAAGCAAUCAAAUUCUCACCACAUGAAACAACACAACAAGCAUCACUUGCAAAACUUUACAUGCAAUUAAAUCGAAUGCAAGAAUGUCAAAAUAUUUGUGCAAUGAUUUUGGAAAACGAUCCAAAUGAUGAGAAUGCUCAAAUUAUGAUGGCUGAUUUAUCGUUUCGAAGAAUGGACUUUGAAAGUGCUGCUUACCAUUUCUCUCAAUUAGUUCUGAGUAAACCAACUUAUUGGACAGCAUUGGCACGUUUGAUUGAAGUUAUGCGACGAUCAGGAAGCUUGAACGAAUCUCUCACAUUUAUAGAACAAGCAGAAGAGAAAGCAACAAGUGGUAAUGAAGCAGGUUUGAGUUUCUGCAAAGGACUCUUUGAUUGGUAUACUUGCAAUCCUAAUGGUGCCCUUCGACACUUCAACAAUUCACGACGUGAUGUUGAAUGGGGAAAGCAAAGUGUUUUCAAUAUGAUUGAGAUUUGCUUGAAUCCCGACGCUGAUUUGCCAAGUGAAGGCGAACUCAGUGAUGUUCCUGAAGAUGUAGACAUUAAUAAUUCAAGAUCAAUUGCACUAAAAACAGCAGAAAGGCUUCUUAAAGAGUUGAAACCAAAAACAAAUGUCCUUGACAAUGAAGCAUUGAAUCAUAAACUGUUGGAAAAUUUCCUCCUUUUGGCCACUCGCCAAAAAGUAAAUGUUGAAAAAGCUCUUAACAAUUUUACAGCUAUCGUAAGUCAAGAUGAGUUCAAAGAGAAUGUCGGUGCAAUUUAUGGCAUUGCUGGAGCGCACGUUAUGUUGAAACAAGGACAACGAGCCAAAAAUCAGUUGAAGAGAAUCAAUAAAAGCAUUUGGACAUUUGAAGAAGCUGAGUAUCUGGAAAGGAGUUGGCUCUUGUUAGCUGACAUUUACAUUCAAGCAAGCAAGUAUGAUAUUGCAACAGAUUUAUUGCAGAAAGUCUUGAAACAUAAUAAAUCGUGCUAUAAAGCUUACGAGCUUUGUGGUCAAAUUUCUGAGAAAGAACAAAACUACAAAUCGGCUGCAAUUCAUUAUGAAAAUGCAUGGAAAUUCUCGGGAAAACAAAAACCGAAUAUUGCUCAUAAAUUAGCUUAUAAUAGCAUGAAAUCAAAACGAUUUGCUGAUGCUAUUGAUGUUUGCCAGCAAGCUCUUAAAAUUUAUCCUGAUUAUCCAAGUGUGAAAGAAAUUCUUGAGAAAAGUCGAAAUAAUUUGAAAAUGUAA